ACAAGGAACUUUGACGCAAUUUGCAAAUGGCCGUGAAAAGGAUUGAGCUCGAGGGUGUAUGAAACGUUAAAUGGUGGAAUUUAGAAAAGACCGUGUUAUAGCUAGUGAUUGAGAUCUGAUUAAGUGUUGUGUUGUUAAAAAGAUACAAAAUGUGCCAAAAGGAUAGAAUCCUGUCUUAAUAGUGGUUAUAGGAAGCGCUUGAAGACCACGGGAGGAUAUCGGAAAAGAUUAGCUGACUGCAGGGUUGGUCGCGGUGCAGACUGCAGAGUGAGUAGCAGCCUGCGCUAGUGGAACCGGUAGUUGAUUGAAGGUCUCCGAGCUGCGUACCACAAUGAACGAGUUGGACAGCCUGCGCCAGGAGGCGGAAACCCUCAAAAAUGCCAUUCGGGAUGCCCGCAAAUCGGCUUGCGACACGUCGCUCGCGCAGGCGACGACCAACAUGGACGCGAUUGGACGAAUUCAGAUGCGCACUCGUAGAACACUGCGAGGUCAUCUCGCGAAGAUCUACGCGAUGCACUGGGGCAGUGAUUCCAGGAACCUGGUGUCGGCCAGUCAGGACGGCAAGCUGAUCGUGUGGGACAGUCACACCACCAACAAGGUGCACGCCAUCCCGCUGCGCUCGUCGUGGGUCAUGACCUGCGCCUACGCGCCCUCCGGCUCCUACGUGGCGUGCGGCGGCCUAGACAACAUUUGCUCCAUUUAUAGCCUGAAAACCCGCGAAGGCAACGUGCGUGUAUCCCGUGAGCUUCCGGGUCACUCGGGCUACCUGUCGUGCUGCCGGUUCCUCGAUGACAACCAGAUCCUCACCAGCUCUGGAGAUAUGACCUGCGCCCUGUGGGACAUCGAGACGGGGCAGCAGUGCGGCCAGUUCACGGGGCACACGGGCGACGUCAUGUCGCUGUCGCUGGCGCCCGACCAGCGCACCUUCGUGUCGGGCGCCUGCGACGCGUCCGCCAAGCUGUGGGACAUCCGCGACUGCCAGUGCAAGCAGACCUUCCCGGGCCACGAGAGCGACAUCAACGCCGUCACGUUCUUCCCGUCCGGGUUCGCGUUCGCGACGGGCUCGGACGACGCCACGUGCCGCAUGUUCGACAUCCGCGCCGACCAGGAGCUGGCCAUGUACUCGCACGACAACAUCAUCUGCGGCAUCACGUCCGUGGCCUUCUCCAAGUCGGGGCGCCUGCUGCUCGCGGGCUACGACGACUUCAACUGCAACGUGUGGGACUCCAUGAAGAGCGAGCGCGCCGGUAUACUGGCCGGCCACGACAACCGUGUCUCGUGUCUCGGCGUCACCGAAAACGGAAUGGCGGUCGCCACCGGAUCUUGGGACUCUUUCCUGCGCAUUUGGAACUAAUUACACUGUCUCACUCUCGCUUCAGAAACCCCCUAUAUCCCAAAACCCUCUUUUUCUACCCGCAUUUUUAUCUUUCGCACCCCAUAUAUCGUUAUUGAUAAGAUUUACUUAAAAAUCCUGAAAUUUUGUACCUUAAUAAGAAAAAUGAAAUUGUGUCGCAUCGCAGAGCUAAGACUCAUAUUCUCGGGGUGCGACCUUGUUCUUCUACUAUUCGAUCUGACGUUCCCGAUUUUUGAAAAUAGAAUACAGAAAACACAGGGAAUUUGCUAUCGCUUUCUUAUUUCUUUAAAUAGACAAUCUCCUAACAGAACGAAAGCAUUUAACUACUCGUGGGUAGUGAUACGCACUGUUCACGAUAUAUUUAUAUGUAAUUGUAUUGUAACUAUAUAUAUAUACGAUUAGCGUAGCCGUUACGAUGUCUACUGAAGGCGGCCGCGGCUUCGUUUGUUUCUGUGGCUUGAUAUGAAUUAAUCACAUUUCGGGAAAACAAAUUAAAACUUCGGGAAAAUAAUUAUGGAACCAAAUAUUAUUAUUAACUAAUCAGUGUGUAUUUGAAUGAGAAUUUUUAUUUCGAUGAUAUACCUAUAUAAUUUAAAUUAUUGUUAUUUUCAAACUAAUUUAUGAUCUAUUCGUGUAUAGACAUACCGUACUCGCAAACGGUAUUCUAAAUAUUUAAUUUAAAAAUAUAACUUAAGUGGCUAUGAAUGAAUGCUGUGUCUUAAUUCAAUGACUCGUUGUAUACUUUGUAUAGCUUAAGUUGCCGCUUAGGGCCAUUUGCUUAUGAUGAAAGUAACUGACAGAUAGAAUUCAAAAUGGCAUAAUAUAUGGCAUAUAAAAAUAGAAUUCAAAUCCAUUCGGCCUCACAAAUACUUUGGUAUAAAGUUAUACCUGAGAAUAAGCCAAGAAUAUUCAAAAUGUUGCCUAUAGCGCUAACAAUACUGUGAAUACAGUGACAAUUCAGAAGUAUUCCGAAUGUUCCGAAGCAGCCUUGCAAAUAAACGCAGAAAACUUUAUACGUCCGAAUAAACCAAUAAGAAGCAAAAUAUUUUGCAUAUUCUUGGUUUAUUCUCAGGUAUAACUUUAUACCAAGUUUAUUUGUAAGACCGUUAUUGUUUACCUCCUGUUUUCCUCGUCUUUGUAGCGGUUAAAUACUUAUUAUAUGACGUUUGCGAAUUCUAUCACACUUUCGUUGUAGGUAAGUGGUUACGUGUUUGAUUUGUGCGCACGACGCACAUUAUAUAUUGGAACUAAUAUAUUGUGAGUGGCGACGGACUAAAUGUAAUAAUGUUUAAUAUUUACUGUACGUACAGCUAUAAGAAAAUAUAAUAAACCAAAUGUCGCCGGUAAAAUUCUGACGAGUAUGUUUUUAUAGAGAUUGGUUUUAAAAAUAAUUCUUAUUUCUACAAUGUUGUGUAAGUUACGACGUCAAGUCACUAAGAGAUAAAAAUUAAAAGCAGAGCAUAAUUUUUCCUUUUUUCAUAAAUCAAUGGGGGUAGUGGUAAAUUUAAACCACGUCUAUCCUUCACAUUAGAUAUAAUGCCUGACAGUUAACUUUUUUUUUUCCAAUUAUCAAAAAACACAGUGAGAACAGUAUGUAAAGUUUUUUUUUAAUUUGAAAUUGAAUUUAUAGUCAUCGCAAAUAAGAAAACUUAUUAUAGAAAUUUACGGAAUGCAAGUCUUUUGUUAUUUAGAUAUACAAAACAAUUACGACGCACCGCUUUGCGAUAACUAUAUCGAAUUCAUAAUUCAACACAAUUUAUCUAUAUUUAAUUUUUUUUUAUGAAUGAUCUUUGAUACAACUUAGAACGAGGCUACUGACGAUCGUGCUGAUAACUUUAGUUGCCUCAAAAUGUAUCAUUUCACAUAGAAAGAGGUAUCUUUCUAUGGUCGCUGUGGUUCCAGGCUAUAUCACAUUGUCAGAAGAAGACUGACUUGCAAUGAUUUGUUUAUAAGUCAACAAAGAGUGUUGAAAAUAUUCUAUACGAGGUGUAUUUGAGAUCUGGUGCAUUUUGAGAUAACUAAGUACCACAAUAUCAUUUCACAGAAAUAGUACUUACUGACGCCGACAACCCGCCACACAUCCAACGGGACCCCACGGCUGGUCCCAGGUUCACUUUCCUAGAUUAAGGACUAAUUAUAGGAAUUAAAUUAUUAAGGCAUUUGUAACUUUCACAUUCUGUGUUGCUAUUUAAUAUGAAAAUGUUGAUGCGUUCUAUUACGUUGUUCCGGGCGACGAGGAAAAUUUCGUGGCAGUAUUUUUCGAAUUAAGCACAAAAAGGUUUCAUUUGUACGGCUUCGUUUUUCGAUGGAUGGUUGUCAUGCUAUUGUUUUUAAGGUAUGCCUCUAGAUAGGUUACAAUAUAAUAUUUAGGUGUUUAUAUUUAAGGCAGACGCGAUGAAACUCCUCAGUGACCUAACAUUAUUGCUAACGUCGGGAGCACAAACUGGGCCGAGUGCUAAACUUAUGCUCAAUAACUACCGCACAAUUGUACAAGAGAGCACACUUCAUCAAAUUUAUAAUUUAAUAAAUAUAAAAUUCAAUUUGAAUAUCGAAUCACCGCGUUUAUUUAAUGGAGGUUGCGCACGUAUCUAUUUAUUGUAUGGGUGUUUCGCAUUUUUUUUAUCUGUCCAGUAACGUUGACAAGGCUUCUUUAGUCUGUGGUCAAUAUGGCGAACCCAUGAAUUAUUAUUGGACGGAUAAUUAUUAUGCAACGGAUUACUAAGCUACUCGCCUAGGAUGUAAGACUUUUUUAAAAAUAAAAUUGUUUUCUACUGUAAUAGCUUCUUUUCUGAUCAAUGUACUAUAAACAUACGGUAUAAUAUGUAGCGUUAUUAUGUAUAAUAUAUUAUAAUUAAUAUUUAAUGAAUACUUUGAUGGCUCCCAUUUGGUUUAUAUUUUGUAUUGUGACCAAUUUUUCUCACUUUUACAUGGACUGCCAUAUAUUAACGUGUAUCUUAUAAAUUAUUAAACCUUACAAUAUGAAUGGGCAAUGGUGUUUGUGCAAUUGGCUUUUUGUAUUUAUAUUUCACAUGGACAAAAAACAGUCCUUAACAAAAAUUAGUCUACUAAUUUAAAGAGCAUUUGAAUAAAACAUUUGUAAGUGGAACAUUUGCACAAACUCCAUUCUUUGCCUCAAGUUUGUAAGAUGUUGGUGUAUGUAUGUAUGUAUAUUUAUCACAAACGUCAAAGCAAGCUUGUCACACAGAAGUGGAACCUAAUAGAUAUGUAUAAGUUUAAUUUUAUUUGCUAGUCCACAUCUUUAAUAUAUUUAAAAAUAAUUAUUCAUAGUGGUGUAAUACUAAUUAUAAUGUAUUGUGUAAAAUAUUUUUUUUAGUUAUUAUUAUCAAUAAAUUAAAAUUUGUUUAUUUUAUAA